AUGGACUUUAGGUGUCAAUCGGCAUUCGAAGAGAUUCAGUCGCAUGAUUCAAGCACCCACCUUGGUACCACCCAAUGCAGCAAGGCCCUUUGUGAUCGAAACGGAUGCAUCCGAUUUUGGUGUUGGCGCUGUUCUUUACCAGAAGGUGGCGAUGGUGAAUUGCAUCCUUUGGCUUUUGAAUCCAAGAAGCUUUCGUCAGCGGAGCGCAAUUAUCCUGCACAAGAAAGAGAGCUGUUGGGUAUCUUGCAUGCGUUACGUUCUUGGAGAUGUUUCAUUGAAGGUCGCUCUUACAAGGUGUAUACGGAUCAUCAUCCACUCAAGUAUUUCAGGUCUCAACGCAAGCCCACACCUCGUUUGACUCGAUGGAUUGCUGAAAUGGAGCUGUAUGAUCCCGAUAUCCAAUACAAGCCUGGCAAAGACAAUCAUGUACCUGAUAUCCUUUCUCGACGUGAUGGUGCUCAUUGUCUUACCAAUGAAUCGGAUAUGGAGCCUGAGUAUCUUUAUGCAACACGCGCAAUUCAAGAAUCCGAUUGGCCAAAGUUCUACUUGCGUCCCGAAGAAAAGUGGCCAUCAUCUUAUGCUGAUUUGUUACGCAAGCAUCGUGAACAAUUUGUGGUGCGUAAUGAUAUGGUUUUUCGCAAGGUCAAGGUGAACAACACUCUUCAAGAAGUCCGCUUUGCAAUGUUCUCUCGGCGUGCUGACAUUGUACAAGAAAUCCACAAGGCUUUUGGACACCUAGGAAUGACCACUAUGCAGGAUUUGGUGCGUAAACGUUGGUGGCCCAACAUGAAGCAAGACAUUCAAGAAUGGAUUGCCCAAUGUUCACAAUGUCAAUUGGCUGCUGGUGCUGACCGCAAUAAUCAUCAUGCACCUAUGCAUUUGACCGAAAUCCCGCCUGCUUUUUCUCGUUGGCAUUUGGACUUUAUUGGAGAAUUACCUACUACCACAAGUGGUAAUCGUUGGAUACUCGUUGCUGUUGACUACACGACAAAUUGGCCUAUUGCUCGUGCUGUUCCUGAUGCAACCAGUGAAGCCAUUGCCAAGUUCAUUCACGAGGAAAUUGUUAUGCGUUUUGGCUGUCCUGAUGAAAUCGUAACCGAUCGUGGCGCUAAUUUUAUGGGCAAGUUCUUGGAUUACUACCUUGGUCGACUUAAAGCCAAACACAACUUGACUUCGGCUUUCCAUCCUCGUUCAAAUGGCAAGGUUGAACGUACCAAUGGGAUACUCAAAUCCAUGUUACGCAAGUAUGUGCAUGGUGAAAUACAUCGCUGGGAUGAUUUUCUUGACACCGCUUUGUUUGCAUGCCGCAUUCGCAAACAUCGAACGACACAAAUGAGUCCAUUUUUCAUGGUGUAUGGUCAAGACCCCAAGUUACCUGGUGAUCCAUUGCGUCCUCUUAUUACUGCUGAUGAACCACAAGAUGAUCCCCAAGCACAUGUUUCAAGUCGACUCCCCACACUUCGUUCCUUACGUGAUGCUCGUGCUCAAGCCAUUACAAGGAUGCAAAAGGAUCGUGAAAAAGACAAGGCUCAAUGGGAUUUGCUCACCAAGAAGCAAGUUUAUUCGGUUGACGACUUUGUCUUAUUACGACAUGAAAACAAGUUUGGCUUGGAAUACAAUUGGCGUGGUCCUUACAAGAUUGUUGAACGUAACCUUGACACGGAUAUCUACAAGUUACACAGCAUGAAUGGUGAAGCAUACAAGUCUUGGGUGCACACUGAUCGUUUACGUCCCAUUCAUAUCAACAAGGCCGAUGGUAAUCCUGAUACAUGGUACGAUCCCACUGCUACAAGAGCACGUUGGCGCCAGCUUACCGAUGCUGCCAAUACUAUUGCUUCCGUGUUGGUCGAGGGCGACCAAGAUUUUCGGGAGGGGGUAUUGUCGUAG